AUGCAUUCAAGGAAUCAAUGGGGAGGAUCAUUUGAGUUGACAAAUAGUAAUGAAGUGGCGUCCGACUAUGAGACGAGCCGCAUAGGAGAUCAAUGGGACAGGGCGGCGCUGCUCAGUCCGGCAAGCGACACAAUGGAUUCGACGGUACAAAGUUGGAUUCUUGAAAGGCCAAUUACUAAGAAGAAAACUAAGUAUGUGGAUAUUGGAUGCAUGAAGUUGAGUUACAAGGCAUUGAAAUGGAUUUUUGGUAUAAUCUUUGUGGGAUUUUGUGUAAUUGGGCUUCCCAUCAUAGUUGCAAAGAAUUUGCCCAAACAUCAUUCUCGACCUAUACCACCUGAUAAUUACACUCUUGCCCUCCAUAAAGCGUUACUCUUCUUCAAUGCUCAGAAAUCCGGGGAAUUACCAAAGAGCAAUGGCAUUCCAUGGAGAGGAAACUCAGGAUUACAAGAUGGAAAAGACACUACUGAUGAUAAAAAAGGACUUGUUGGUGGUUAUUAUGAUGCAGGAGACAAUAUAAAGUUCCAUUUUCCAAUGUCUUUUGCUAUGACAAUGCUAAGUUGGAGUGUGCUUGAAUAUAAGCAAAAAUACAUGGCAAUUAAUGAGUAUGAUCAUGCUAGAGAACUCAUUAGGUGGGGUACUGAUUACUUGCUUUUAACCUUCAACAGUUCUGCUUCCAAAAUCAACAAAAUUUAUGCUCAGGUUGGUGGAUCUCUAAAUGGUUCUAAAACACCAGAUGAUCAUUACUGUUGGCAAAAACCAGAAGACAUGGACUAUCCACGCCCAACGACAACUAUAUUCGAAGGACCUGAUCUUGCGGGAGAAAUGGCAGCAGCAUUAGCAGCAGCAUCCAUAGUAUUCCAAGACGACACCACAUAUUCCAAAAAACUACUCAAGGGAGCUGAAACGGUCUUUGCAUUUGCACGAGACUUUGGUAAAAGAUCGACAUAUAGUCGCGGAAAGCCUAACAUCGAACCUUUUUAUAACUCAUCUGGUUACUUUGAUGAGUACAUGUGGGGUGGUGCUUGGUUGUUUUAUGCAACUGGAAAUAGUACCUACAUUUCAUUGGCAACUGAUCCUAAUGUGCCUAAGCAUUCCAAUGCAUUUUAUAUGAUUCCUGAUUUGAGUGUUCUGAGCUGGGAUAAUAAGUUACCUGCUGCUAUGUUGUUGUUGACAAGGUUUAGGAUGUUUCUUAGUCCUGGUUACCCUUAUGAGGAAAUGCUUAGUAUGUACCAUAAUGUUACUAGUCUUACCAUGUGCUCUUAUCUUCAACAAUUCAAGGUCUUUAACUGGACUAGAGGAGGAUUGAUACAAUUGAACCAUGGAAGACCACAAUCUCUUCAAUAUGCUGUCAAUGCUGCAUUUUUGGCAUCUCUUUUUGCUGAUUAUAUGGAAGCCAAAGGUGUUCCUGGAUGGAAUUGUGGUCCUAAUUACGUUUCAAGAUCUGUUCUGAAGGCAUUUGCAACCUCUCAGAUUGAAUACAUAAUGGGUAAAAAUCCAAUGAAUAUGAGCUACAUAGUAGGAUAUGGCAAUAAAUUUCCAAGACAUGUUCAUCAUAGAGGUGCAUCAACUCCAAAUGAUCACAAGCAUUACUCAUGCACUGGUGGUUGGAAGUGGCGCGACACAGAUAACAGAAAUCCUCACAACAUUACAGGAGCAAUGGUUGGAGGACCAAAUAAUUUUGACCAAUUCCAUGAUUCAAGGACUAAUUACAACUAUACUGAACCAACUUUAGCUGGUAAUGCAGGAUUAGUAGCUGCUUUAAUUUCCUUAACAAGUAUUGAAGGUACUAGUGGUGUUGAUAUUAAUACAAUUUUUGAAGCUAUUCCACCAUUUGGGCCACAAAAUCCACCUCCACCACCACCUUGGAAACCAUGA